AUGACUGAACCUGUUACUCUGGACACUGGUAUCUGGAGUCCUGAAAAGGCCAUCCCAGACAGCCUCAAACAGUAUAUUUCCCAGCUCCAAGCUGGAGAUUCUACUAAUCCUUCUCAGGAUUUUAAAAACAGUCAUCUUUUAAUCUUUCUUCAUAUUAUUCAGUUUUUGAAAAGAACUAAACGAACUGGUUGGGUCAAUUUUGAUGUUGAAGGGCCCGAAUCUAUUGCUGAUCACAUGUAUCGCAUGGGUAUUAUUUGCAUGCUUACGGGUAAUGAAGAGUUAAAUUCAAGUCGAUGUGUGAAAAUCGCUCUCGUUCAUGAUAUGGCCGAGUCCUUGGUUGGUGAUAUCACCCCCGUUGAUAAUGUUUCCAAGGAAGAGAAGCAUCGUCGCGAAUAUGAGACUAUUGUCUAUUUGAGAGAUCUCUUAAAACCUUAUAAUGCCAAGGCUGCUCAAGAGAUCUAUGAUCUUUGGAAUGAAUAUGAAAACAUUUCCUCUCCUGAAGCUCGUUUUGUUAAAGAUGUAGACAAGUUCGAGCUUCUGGUUCAAGCUUAUGAAUAUGAACAACAACACAACAAGACCAAGGAUCUUAGUGAUUUUGUUCAUGUGCGAAAGCAAAUCAAAACCCCUGAAGUCCAAAGCUGGGCCGAUACAAUCCUCAAACAACGUGAGGGUUUCUGGCAAGGCACUCCACGACCUGUAACAAAACGAAACACUACUAACAUUAAUUCCUCUACCUCUAAUAAUUAG